GUUUAUGGGGAUUUCCUAAGGAACCGCCUGGUACGUGGAAAUUUCGAUUUUCAAUUCUUAAGAAUGAAUUAAGCGAUUCCACGCUGUCAGCUAGCUGAUGUCUUGGUACUGAUCAGAAAAUUUAAAAAUUCAGUUUUUAAUUAAUAUUUUAUUACUGCUAUGCAAGAAAAAUAUAUAGAAAAAAGAUUUUAAAGUUUCUAACAAGUUUAUAGUUCAAUGAGAAAAAGCGUUUUUAGAGAAUAAAUAGUCAAAAUAUGAGGAGGACAACAAGAAGAAUACUUCAAUAUGUAUUAUUAGCUCUCUUAAUUGUUACAUUAGGUCCAUAUUUUCUAAAAAGACUGUCCGGAAAUGGAUCAUUAUCAUUUGACCAAUCGCAUGGACUACCAAGAGAACCUGCCAUAUCUCAACGAGAUAAGAAAAAUGAUAAUUGGAGGCUCGUUCAAGAUGUUGGAAGUGAAUCAGAGAUUGAUUGGCACGAUUAUGCGGCAAUUGCAAAAGAUAAAGAGAGGACAGGACCCGGGGAACAAGGUCAAGGCGUUCAAAUAGGGGCUGAUGAACGAGAGAAAAAAGAUGAACUUUAUCGUGCAAAUGGAUUUAAUGCUCUUGCUAGCGAUAAAAUGAGUUUAGAUCGUGCAUUAAACGAUAUACGACAUCCAAACUGCAGAAAGAAGAAAUAUUUAGCCAAAUUAUUGACUGCCAGCAUCGUUGUGCCUUUUCAUAAUGAACAUAUAACAACUCUCCUACGUUUAGUUCAUUCAAUAUUAAAUAGAUCACCUCGUCAAUUGCUAGCUGAUAUUAUUCUUGUUGACGAUUAUAGCAAUAAAGAUUUCCUUAAGGAACCUUUAGAUAAUAUGCUAAAAGAUCAGUUCUAUCAGGGAAAAGUUACUGUUCUUCGUAAUAAGGAGAGAGAGGGUUUAAUUAGAACAAGAAUAAAUGGAGCAGCUGUAGCUAAAGGAGAAGUUAUCAUCUUCCUUGAUUCUCAUUGUGAAGUAAAUAUCAAUUGGUUACCUCCAUUAUUAGAUCCUAUUGCAAAAAAUCAUAAGACUGUAGUUUGUCCUUUUAUUGAUGUUUUGGAUCAUGAUACCUUCCAAUAUAGAGCUCAAGAUGAGGGUGCAAGAGGCGCUUUUGACUGGGAAUUAUUUUACAAACGAUUACCUCUACGUCCAGGUGAUCAAAAUGAUCCUGCCGACGUUUUUGAGAGUCCUGUUAUGGCAGGAGGUCUAUUCGCUAUUCAUAGAGACUGGUUUGAAAAAUUGGGCAAAUACGACGACCAACUUGAAAUCUGGGGUGGUGAACAGUAUGAAUUAUCAUUUAAAAUUUGGCAAUGCGGCGGUAGAAUGGUAGAUGCUCCUUGCUCAAGAAUAGGUCAUGUCUAUAGAAAAUACGCACCAUUUCCAAAUCCGGGAAAAGGUGAUUUUGUUGGUAGAAAUUAUCGACGAGUUGCCGAAGUAUGGAUGGACGAAUAUAAAGAGUUUAUUUUUAAAAGGAGAGCACGCUAUAGGGAUAUCGAUCCUGGAGAUUUAACAAAACAAAAGAAAUUAAGAGAAGACUUAAAAUGUAAAAGCUUUAAAUGGUUUAUGACCAACGUUGCCAAUGAUUUAGAAAAGUAUUAUCCAUCUGUUGAGCCAAGUCCUGUAGCCAGCGGAGAGUUGAAAAGCGAAAAAGCUGGAUUGUGUGUAGAUACUAAAUUUAAAAGUCAAAACGAACAGUUCGGUUUGGACACUUGUUUAUCUGUUGAUAGUGGCCACGGAGGAGAACAGAAUUUGGUGUUAUCUUGGCAUAAAGAUCUAAGGCCUUUUAAAAGAAGCUUAUGCUUUGAUGUAUCCCAAUCUAUCCGAAAAGCACCUGUUAUACUUUAUACAUGCCAUGGAAUGAAAGGAAAUCAGUGGUUUAAAUACAACGUUGACACUCAUCAACUAUAUCAUCCAGUAUCAAGUCAAUGUUUAGAUUGCGAUCCAGAGCAAAAACAGAUAUUUAUGAAUCCCUGCAAUUCAUAUUCCGAAACUCAAAGAUGGUUAUUCGCCAAGCUAAAUACGACAUUAGCUCAAAAAUACUUUCAAGAGCAAUAA